GGCCUCCCUCCUCGGAGCCCCGGCCCAUCCAUCCCAACCCCCCUUCCCCUGCCCCCCCUCACCGUCAGCCAGCUACUCGCUACCCACCAAAGGCGCCGAGAUUGGGCGAAUAGCGAGCAAAUACGUCCGCGUUUCUCUACCCGCUCCCCCGCCGACCUCCCCUCCUCACUCCCCGGCGCUGACAGCGGACAAGGCCGAGGUCGCGACAGAGCAGGCCCGGCCGCCGAGGCUCGACCUGUCCACCCCACCUCCGCAUCCUACCACACCUCACCAACAGCCCAAAACCCGGUUCCCUGCCGAGCCGGCCCUGGACAAGGUCGAGGGUAACAGAGAUAGCAGGGAGCACCGCAUCACCACCACCACAACAACAGCUGCCAACAUGAACCACCACCAUCACCACACGCAGCAGCAACAGAAAGCCGGCGAGCAGCAGCUCAGUGAACCGGAGGACAUGGAGAUGGAAGCUGGGGACACAGACGACCCUCCAAGAAUCCCAGCCAACCCAGUGAUCAAUGGUAACGUGGCCAUGGCGGAUGGACACAACAACACAGAGGAGGACAUGGAGGAUGACACCAGUUGGCGGUCAGAGGCAACCUUCCGGUUUGUGGUGGAGCGCUUCAGCCGCCUCAGCGAGUCGGUGCUCAGCCCAUCCUGCUUUGUCCGGAACCUUCCAUGGAAGAUAAUGGUGAUGCCCCGCUUCUACCCCGACAGGCCACACCAGAAGAGCGUGGGUUUCUUCCUGCAGUGUAACGCAGAGUCCGACUCCACGUCAUGGUCGUGCCACGCACAGGCCAUGCUGAAGAUCAUCAACUACAAAGACGACGAGAAGUCUUUCAGCCGCAGGAUCAGUCACCUGUUCUUUCACAAAGAGAAUGAUUGGGGCUUCUCCAACUUCAUGUCCUGGAGUGAUGUUACCGAUCCAGAGAGGGGCUUCGUCGAUGAUGACAAAGUCACAUUUGAAGUCUACGUCCAGGCCGAUGCCCCACAUGGAGUGGCCUGGGACUCUAAGAAACACACAGGCUAUGUCGGACUAAAGAACCAGGGAGCUACUUGCUACAUGAACAGCCUGCUACAGACACUCUUCUUCACCAACCAGCUACGACGGGCCGUGUACAUGAUGCCCACAGAGGGAGAUGACUCUUCCAAGAGCGUUCCCCUGGCACUGCAGAGGGUUUUCUACGAGCUGCAACACAGCGACAAACCCGUCGGCACCAAGAAACUCACCAAGUCCUUCGGGUGGGAAACACUAGAUAGCUUCAUGCAACAUGAUGUACAGGAGCUGUGCAGAGUGCUCCUGGACAAUGUGGAGAACAAAAUGAAAGGCACUUGUGUUGAAGGAACCAUCCCUAAGCUCUUCAGAGGAAAGAUGGUGUCAUAUAUUCAGUGUAAGCAUGUGGACUACCGAUCGGAGCGGAUAGAGGACUACUAUGACAUCCAGCUUAGCAUAAAAGGAAAGAAGAACAUCUUUGAGUCAUUCAAAGAUUACGUCGCAACCGAACAGUUAGAUGGGGAUAACAAAUACGACGCAGGAGAGCACGGCCUGCAGGAAGCAGAAAAGGGAGUGAAGUUCCUCACCUUCCCUCCGAUCCUUCAUCUGCAGCUGAUGAGGUUCAUGUAUGACCCACAGACCGACCAAAACAUCAAGAUUAAUGACAGGUUUGAGUUUCCAGAUCAGUUACCUCUGGAUGAGUUCCUCCAGAAGCCGGACUCCAAGGACCCAGCCAACUACAUCCUGCAUGCAGUGCUGGUUCACAGCGGGGACAACCAUGGCGGUCACUAUGUCGUCUAUCUUAACCCCAAAGGAGACGGCAAAGUCAGUGUCAAGGAACCAAUAUGGUGUAAGUUCGAUGAUGACGUGGUGUCACGGUGCACCAAGGAGGAGGCCAUAGAGCACAACUAUGGUGGGCAUGACGAUGAUCUCUCAGUGCGCCACUGCACCAACGCAUACAUGUUGGUCUACAUCCGUGAGUCCAAGCUCAGCGAGGUGCUCCAGCCGAUGACUGACGUGGAUAUCCCUCAGCAGCUGGUGGAGCGUCUGCAGGAGGAGAAGCGGGUGGAGGCACAGAAGAGGAAGGAGCGCCAGGAGGCCCACCUCUACAUGCAGGUCCAGAUGGUGACAGAGGACCAGUUCUGUGGUCAUCAGGGCAACGACAUGUACGACGAGGAGAAAGUGAAGUACACAGUCUUCAAGGUCCUGAAGAGCUCCACGCUCCAAGAGUUUGUCCAGAAUCUCUCCCAGACCAUGGGUUUCCCACAGGACCAGAUGAGGCUGUGGCCCAUGCAGGCCCGUAGCAAUGGAACCAAGCGACCUGCUAUGUUGGACUACGAGGCUGACUGCAACAAGUCGAUGAUUGACUUGAGUGACAAUGAGAACCCCUGGACAAUAUUUCUGGAGACGGUGGAUCCAGAGAUGGCAGCCAGCGGGGCCACGUUACCCAAGUUUGACAAAGACCAUGAUGUCAUGUUGUUCUUGAAGAUGUAUGACCCCAAAACCAGAAGCUUAAAUUAUUGUGGACAUAUCUACACACCUAUAUCCUGCAAAAUAAGAGACCUGCUGCCAGUCAUGUGUGAGAGAGCAGGGUUUCAGCAGGAAACUAGCCUUAUCCUCUAUGAGGAAGUAAAGCCCAAUCUAACAGAGCGGAUACAGGACUACGAUGUCUCUCUGGACAAGGCCCUGGACGAGCUCAUGGACGGGGACAUCAUUGUCUUCCAGAAGGACGACCCAGAGAACGACAGCAGUGAGCUGCCUACCGCCAAGGACUAUUUCCGGGACCUCUACCACCGAGUGGAUGUCAUUUUCUGUGACAAGACCAUCCACAACGACCCUGGCUUUGUGGUCACACUCUCUAACCGCAUGAACUAUUUUCAGGUGGCCAAGACGGUAGCGCAGAGGUUGAACACAGAUCCCAUGUUGCUGCAGUUCUUCAAGUCACAGGGGUACAGGGACGGUCCAGGGAAUCCUCUCAGACACAACUAUGAGGGAACGCUGCGGGACCUGCUGCAAUUCUUCAAGCCUCGGCAGCCCAAGAAACUGUACUACCAGCAGUUAAAGAUGAAGAUAACAGACUUCGAGAACAGGAGGAGUUUUAAAUCCAUAUGGCUCAACAGCCAGUUCAGAGAGGAGGAGAUCACCCUCUACCCUGACAAGCACGGCUGUGUGCGGGACCUUUUGGAAGAAUGUAAAAAGUCAGUUGAGCUUUCUGAAAAAGGCUCUGAGAAGCUCAGGCUGUUAGAGAUAGUAAGCUAUAAAAUCAUCGGGGUUCACCAGGAGGACGAGCUCCUAGAAUGUUUAUCUCCGGCUGCCAGUCGCACCUUCAGAAUAGAGGAGAUUCCUUUGGAUCAGGUGGACUUGGACAAGGACAGCGAAAUGCUAAUCCCUGUCGCUCAUUUCCACAAGGAAGUCUUCGGCACCUUCGGGAUCCCCUUCUUGCUUAAGAUCAGACAGGGUGAGUCAUUUCGGGAGGUGAUGAGGAGGAUCCAGACCAUGCUGGACAUCCAGGAGAAAGAAUUUGAGAAGUUCAAGUUUGCGAUUGUGAUGAUGGGCCGGCAUCAGUACAUCACUGAAGACGAGUACGAGGUCAACCUGAAGGACUUUGAACCACAGCCAGGUAACAUGUCCCACCCGCGCCCCUGGCUAGGGUUGGAUCAUUUCAACAAAGCUCCAAAGAGAGGUCGCUACACCUACCUGGAGAAAGCAAUCAAGAUCCACAACUAAAGCAGCCCACCCUUCCUCGUCGUCCUCCUCCUCCUCAUCCUCCUCCUCCUGCUCCGCCUUCCUCCCUACCUACCCUACUUUAACACACCCAUAACCACAGACUGUAACCAACUGUGUGUGUGCGUGCGUGUGUGUGUUUGUGUGUGAAAGACUGUGUGGGUAUGCGUGCGUGCUCGUGUGUGUGUGUGUUCAUCACUUUUAACACCCCGCCUGGACACCUCUACAGCUCUACACCGGCACUAUGUCUUCAGCGAUACGGAUCUUGCUGCAGCUGACGGAUUAUUCUUCAACCACAAAAUAAACUGCACCAACCACCUCCUGACUGUUUAUUUUGCUGUUUAUAUCUUUUCUUUUCUUUUCUUUUUUUUUAAAAAAAAGCCCCCCCCUUACGUUCGAGGCUACUUGUUUUGGUUUUUUUUUCUUGUUUUUUUUUCUGGCUUCUCUUAACUGUUGGCUGCCUGUUUUGGUUUUUUGUUUUUUCCCCUAUUUUUUUUGUUGCCUGUCUGGAAGUGUGAGAAAUGAAAUUGGAUUUUAAAAUGAAAUAAGCGGAGACGGGAGAGGAAGUGGGACACAGUAUAAAUAAAUAAAAAAUAUAUAUAUAUACAUAAAUAUAUAUAUAUAUAUAUACGAACUUCUAGACUUUAGGUUUUUUUUUUCCCCUCUCCCAUGUCACUCACCAGCUUUUUUUUUCCCUUCGAUUUUCCUUUUUUUUUUUUUCUUGGGUUGUUUUUAAAUAAAGAGUUGUUUGAAGAGGCAUCAUGCUGCUGUGUGGAGAGUUUGAUGGAAGGAUGUUUGCGAGGACUAACUGACAAAAAAAAGGGGGAGAGGGCCCGAUGGCCGUUCUGCAGAUACAUUUUUUUUUGUUUUUUCAAAAGCGGCUGCUAACUGGCGUCCAUCCUCUUUUAAAAUGCCUGAGGCUCACUAGUUGCCCUGAUGUGGUUCUUAUAUUUUCUGUUCCCAUCCUUUAGUGCAAAAAAAAGAAAAAAAAAAAGUAUUUCCAAGUUUACACACACUUCUUUCUCACUUAGUUUUGCUGGGAGGUAAAAUAAAUGAUUUUUUUUGUCUCUUUCUGCCGAUCUUGUAUAAUAAAAAUAAGAAUCCACAGCAUCUGUUUAAAAAUAAAUGGGGAGAAAUAAGGAAGAAAA